GCUCUGACAUGUGUUGCAGGCGGUUGAUUUUGUUCACUUCGUGAGCUGGUGAGCUGCAUUGCAUCCCGUGGAAAAGGUUCCCGCAACACAAUGGUCAUGAAACUCGCUUACUGGGAUAUCCGAGGGCUGGCUCAGCCCAUUCGACUGCUACUGGAAUACACUGGGACCCAGUAUGAGGAGAAACUCUACUCCUGUGGAGAAGCUCCAGACUACGACAAGAGCUGCUGGUUUGAUGAGAAGACGAAGCUGGGAAUGGAUUUUCCCAACCUCCCGUACUUGACGGACGGAGACCACAAGAUCUGCCAGAGCAAUGCCAUCAUGAGGUACAUCGCCCGCAAGCACCACAUGUGUGGCGAGACGGAAGAGGAGAUGAUCCGAGUGGACGUGCUGGAGAACCAGGCCAUGGAUUUCCGGAACGGCUUUGUCAUGCUGUGCUACAGCCCUGAUUACGAGAAGAGGAGGCCUGGGUACAUGUUGCAGCUGCCUGUGACGCUGAAGCAGUUCUCGGAGUUCCUGGGGGAUCGGAAGUGGUUUGCAGGAGAGAAUAUCACGUUUGUGGACUUCAUCAUGUACGAGCUCCUGGACCAGCACCAGAUGUUCGAACCCAAGUGUUUGGAUGAAUUCCAGAACCUGAAGGAAUUCCACAGCAGGUUCGAGGAGUUGGAGAAGAUUGCAGCCUUCAUGAAAUCCAAGAAUUUCAUAAAGACCCCGGUGAACAACAAGAUGGCUCAGUGGGGCAGCAAGAAGGAAUGAGAGACGCACAACGCUGGAGAACAAACCCAGCGUACAGAACGGCAGAGGACAACCUGAGCACUUCAUACUGGAGACUGGGAGCGUUUCACUGGAGCCGUUUCUGUGCGUGUGUCAACCAGCACAGCAGAAUCUGCUGCCCUGAAGAAUUCACAAUAUUGUGAAACAAAACUACCCUUUAACAAUAAAGACAACUGUGUGAAACGA